AUGGGGUACUUGGAUGAGGCGCUUCAUGUGUUUGAUGUGAUGAUAGAUCGAGGGGUCCCACCAACAGUUCAUUUGUGCAAAUUGUUAAUCUUUGAGUUUUGCAAGCGAGGAUGGGUUGAGGUGGCUGAGUCAUUGAGUGUGGAAAUGGAGUCAUAUGGUCUGUCAAUGGAUAAAAUUAUGUACACUUAUCUUAUUUAUGGGUAUUGCAAGAGCAGGAAAAUGAAGAUGGCUAUGAGGUUGUUUAUGAGAAUGCUUAAGGUGGGUUGUGAACCAGAUAACUACACCUUUAAUACAUUGAUUCAUGGGUUUAUGCACUUGAGAUUGUUUGACAAGGCUUGGGUGUUGCAUGACAAGAUGGUGAAUUGUGGAUUGAAGCCUAAUAUAGUAACUUACCAAAUCAUGAUUAGUGAAUACUGUAAGGACCAGAAAGUUGACUGUGGCUUGAUGCUCUUGAACUACAUGAUACUCCAGUGCAAUAUGGCUCCCAAUGUGCAUUGUUACACAGUCUUAAUCAGUGCACUCUGCAAGGAAGAAAGGUUUGAGGAAGUAGACAGUUUGUAUCACCAGAUGCUGGAGAGUGGGAUUAUUCCUGACCAUGUGCUUUUCUUCACUCUUGCCAAGAAUCAUCCUAAAGGGGAUGAGUUGCAUGUAGCUCUUACAAUUUUGCAGGCUAUUGCCACAAAGGCAUGCAAUAUUGAACUUUCAGGUAUUUCUAGUUACAUGGAACAUGAAUCAGAGGAUGAUGUAAUGCUUAAAAUUGAGUGUCUGCUGGAGGAAAUUUCCAAAAGCCAAUUUUGUUUAGCUGAUAAAGCAUUUAGUAUCUACAUGAUUGCUUUGUGUAUGGGUGGGAAACUUGACACUGCUUUGCUCUGUAUAGAUAAGAUGGCAACUCUAGGUCUCCUGCCUUUACUUUCUGCGUAUAAUUCCUUGAUUAAGCGCCUUUUGCAGGAUGGAUUAGUUGAGGAAGCAAAGUCUCUACUUGAAAUUAUGCAGGAUCAGGGUCUGGUUCCAAACCAUACAACUUUGUCAAUAUUAGUUAAUGAAUUCUGUAAACACGACAGAAAAGUAUAUUUGAGGCAGAAAAAGUUUUCAGGAGGAUGCUUGACUGUGGUGUUGAUCCCGAUGAAACCAUCUUUGUCACGAUGA